UACAAAACAAAGAUGGCGGAUAGUUUGGAUGAGUAGAAGAAAGUUAUGUUUGUAGAGUAAAAUGUUACACGAGCUUUUGCUGGCCUUAUCAGGAGAUUCUGGUGGUAUCUUUGUACACAAAAAGUUUGCCGGACUUCAGGUUGCUACUGAUUUGCCAUUUAUCCAUGGGAGUGAAGUUGAUCUUCUGAACAGAAUCUGCAAACUUGGGACUUACUUCCAAAACUUUCAAACGUUUCGUAGAAAGUAUUCGGAAGUUUCACCCUAUCUUAAAACGAUCAAACGAUCCAAAGAUGGAACAACUUCAGCAGAUUCCUUCGGUUUGUACAUCCAGGCAUUCUGUACUGGUUUGGACCAGGUCCUGGAUUCUUAUAGGAAAAGCUUGAUCGAUUUAGAAAAGCAGAUUCUUAAAGAUCCUAAGCUGCCACUGACUUUUAUCGAACACAGCUUAGAAAAGUACCAAGCUUUGUUUCCUGCCCUGUGGUCAGUAAUAGAACAGAUCAAAGCAAGCAAGGCUUCAGGAUGUCAAAUUCUGGAUAUUUUGUACCAGAGCUGUAACUGUGGAAUCCCUGAUUUAAGGGAUGCAUUAGAGAGAAUCCUGUUUGUAUGUCAUGGUGUAAUGUACCAGCAACUCAGUGCAUGGUGUCUACACGGGAUUCACAUUGAUAAGCACGAUGAGUUUUUCAUCAAGGAAGUUACAUCAGAAGAUGAUGAUACAUUGGACAUACCCGAAGAUGGCACCAGCAGUGAUCUGGGAAUACCUGGUAUAACAGGAAGGCAACUUGCUGAAAUACUGGAAGGUGACACCAAGAAACAGACACCAGUGCAAUGGAAGUACAGAAUAAAUGCAGAAAUGCUGCCAUCUUAUAUCCCCACAAGAGUGGCUGAUAAGGUUUUGUUCAUUGGUGAAUCGGUUGGAAUGUUUAAAGGAUCAAAGGCAAAUAACAAUUCUAUUUACAGAAGUUCUAUAAUUCAGGAUAAAGAGGAAGAAUUCACAAGGUCAUUAUAUUCACUUCAAGAAAUGCCCAGGUUUAAUUUGAUGCUGUUUGAAAAUGAAAUCGACAAGAUUAGGUUGUGUGUUGCUGAGCAUCUUUGGAAGUUGGUUGUUGAAGAUGUGAAUCUACUAAAACAUUUGCAGAUUUUAAAAGAUUUUUUCCUGAUGGGAAGAGGAGAGCUGUUCUCAGCAUUUAUAGAACAUGCCAGAGGUUUACUUAAACUUCCUCCAUCAGACAACACCUCACAUGAUGCCAAUGCUGCAUUUUUGCAAGUUCUUAGCAAGUUUCUUCCAGAUGAUGAUGAAGCUGCCUCUAUGUUCACUGUGGUGAUUGAUGAAGAAUGUACUCAAAAUGAGAAAAAGAAAAAAGCAGCUUCAGCAGAUCAGCCAGGUGUGGUUAUAUCUGGUUGGGACUGUGUCAAGCUACAGUAUGAUGUACAGUGGCCAUUACACAUUCUGUUUCAACCUGCAGUACUUGAAAACUACAACAAGUUGUUCAGAUUUUUGUUGAAAGUGAAGCGAACUCAGUUGGAUCUUCAACAAGUGUGGGCAGCAUAUAUGGGCACCAAACACUUAUCUACUGCACAGCUAUCAAAUAUGACAAAGAUAUGGCUUUCAAGGAUGCAUAUGGCCUUCUUGGUUGAUAAUCUACAGUAUUACCUGCAGGUGGAUGUACUUGAGGCACAGUACAGUCAGCUUGUGGAAAAAAUCAACAGCACUAGAGAUUUUGAGUCCAUCCGUUUGGCGCAUGACAACUUUCUUACAACAUUGAUGGCUCAGUCUUUUUUACUCAUGAAACCGGUGUCACACUGCCUUGAUGAGAUCCUGAACUUAUGCCAAUCAUUCAGUGCGCUUCUUCUUCAGACAGGCAGUAGUGGUCUUGCUAAGAGAGAACUGAGCCAGAUUGACAAUAUUACUAAGACGUAUGAGAGACAAACAGUUCUUUUGUUUCAAAUCUUGUCAAGUGUUCGGAGCCAUCAAGCAAGUCCUCACUUGGCUCAGUUGCUCCUGAGAAUUGACUUCAAUAAACAUUUUUCAUCCUCCACAUUCACAAAUUCAUCAACCUCAGAAGCAACCAGCAUAACAGAAACCUCUGGCUUAGUUUGAUUGUUUGAAAAUCAAGACCUUCUAUGUCUGGAUAUAACUUCUACACAGUUCAAGAGCCCACCAAUAUUUACUUACAGCUCAUUACAAAGAACUGCAGAUUAAAAUGCUUAUGAUAAUCUGGAGGAUAGAAGAGAGUAAUAUUACUCUUACUUGGACACAAGUUUAAUUUUGUGCUUUACUGGGCUUUGUAAGUUAAAGAGAAAAAAAAGAGGGUAAAUAUAUUUGUAAGAUGUG